AUGCGUCGUCUUUUUCUGGGAGUUUCUUGUUUGGAGGCACUCCCUCCCACCCCUUCAUCGCUUCCCCUUCCCCACCACCUGUUGCCUCACCCUCCCACCCACCUCGUCAUCGCCUCUCCCUCCCACCUUUCCAUCGCUGCUCCCUCCCACCCUGCCAUCCACUUUCCAUUCCACCCCGCCAUCCCCUCUCCCUCCCACAGCGCCGUCGCCGCUCCCUCCCUCCCGCCGUCGCCUCUCCGUUCCUCCCGCCGUCGCCUCUCCCUCCUCCCCGCCGUCGCCUCUCCCUCCUCCCCGCCGUCGCCUCUCCCUCCUCCCCGCCGUCGCCUCUCCCUCCUCCCCGCCGUCGCCUCUCCCUCCUCCCCGCCGUCGCCUCUCCCUCCCACCCCGUAG